AUGCCUCCGGAAUUGCCCGAAUCUGGGCCUGCGAGCCAUAGAGGAGACCCGAGCGAUAAAGCCCGGAGUAUGGUUGAGGAAGAUGUGAACUAUACGACAGCCACUCCCUCCGAAUAUAACAUGUGGCUGCGAUACGCCAGUAGCACCCUUACACGCUGCACCUCCUGGAACUAUGCCUUCUCUGGUGGCGAGGGCAUGAGCUACAACCUUGCUCGCGAAUUCUUGCCUUUGAAAACCACCAACCUACGCAUCUUUAACCGCUAUGGACCGGCCGAGACUACCAUUUUGUCCACCAAGAUCGGGCUUCCCGGCCCGCUACCUACAGGAUUCAUGUUACCGGGCCUCCCGAAUGAAAGCAAACCAACACGAUAA